UGAAUUCAGAUCUCUUUCUCGCCGAACGCUUUAUUAAAGGGACGACUAUGACGAAUCCCCUUCAAUGUCCAAAGUGCCAGAAAGUCCUUUCCAGUGCACUGUAUCUGUCCAAGCACCUUGAAACCCAACCAAAAGAAUGCGCCAAAGCAGAACAACGCCAACUACGUUCUCAACCGCCCCAACCAAGCGCCUCGACCAACAACCAGCAGCGCCCUGUACCAACAGAUUUACCAUCCCGCCUGGCGGAACUGCGCGAUACAGUCCACCUUCCCGAUCACAUCCCGAAGAGCACCCGCGUUAUAGUGGCUGAAGCGUUACUGCAGACUCUGGAGAAGGUUACGGAAAAUAACUCCCCGAAGCCUGGACGGAUCUCCUUGUUUUCAGUUACGCAACACUUGGGCAACCAAAAGCAGCGCCAAGCCACAGACCACGAAUAUCGUACCCCAAUAUAAUUCGCCGAAACAUCCAAAACCAUGGUCCUCCCGAAUUAUUACAGGGUCCGCCGUCGGACCGCGCUCCACGCGCAGCUGAACCCGACGCUCCUGUGCAGCUUCGUAAACGAGUCAGCCGCAAGCUUCAGGAUGGCAAUGUCAGCGGUGCAGUGCGGCAGCUAACCAGCGAAGAAACGAUUUUGCCCGCGUCGCCAGAGACCUUCGCUGCGUUGAUGGAGAAGCACCCUUCGAACCCACCGAUAUGUCACCCGCCUCCGGGACCCGCAACUCCGACAGCCCUCGAUAUUACUCCGGCAGAAAUUGUGGAAGCAAUUCGUGCCUUCCCGAAUGGAUCGGCAGCUGGCCCUGAUGGAUUGAGACCUCAAUAUCUGAAGGAGCUGAUCAGUUUGAAACACCAAGAAUUGGGUAAAAAGUUAAGUGAAUCAUUAGCUGCUGUUGCCAACAUAAUGCUGAAGGGGGCUGUGCCCCAGGACGUAAUCCCGAUAUUUUAUGGUGGAAACCUGUUUGCCUUCAAGAAGAAAGAUAAUGGGAUCCGGCCCAUUGCAGUGGGAACGAGCUUGCGCCGUUUGGUUUGUCGUAUUGUGAUUUUCAGAUUACGCCAUUUAAGUAAAGAUUUGCAACCCAUCCAGCUGGGUUUCGCAACGAAAGGAGGUGUGGAAGCCGCUGUUCAUGCCGCACGCUACUUCAUCGAGCAUGCUGCGAUGUUGGACAAGCCGCAGGUUUUCCUUAAACUAGAUGUCAAGAAUGCUUUCAACUCCCUAGACCGAAAUUACAUACUAAAAUGUGCCGAAGAAUUCAUGCCGGAGUACUACAAGUUUGUGUGGCAGUGUUACGGUGAACCAUCAAUACUGCUACACGGCAAGUACACCGUAUCUUCACAGGCGGGCAUCCAACAGGGGGACCCCCUCGGCCCACUACUGUACUGCCUUGCAACUAUCGCACCACACAAACGCCUGAAGUCAAAGCUGAAAGAAAGCUUUCUGGACGAUGAUGCGCUGGGCGGAGACCCGGAAGAUGCUUUUAACGACCUCUGCUCCCUUCAGGAAGCGCUACGAGAACGCGGGCUAACGCUUAACAUAGCUAAAUGCGAGCUGAUGGUGAUCGGAGGCUCAGAGGCAGAACGCCAAACUGUGUAUGAUGCAUUCCUCCAUGCCUUUCCAGACCUGCAAUGUCCCCAGCUGAAGGAUCUGCAUUACCUCGGUGCACCAAUUCACGAUGAUGCGGUUGCGGGCGCACUCGUCAGUGCCACGGAGGCAUCUCUCCCGAUUGUAGAGGGCGGUCUCGGAAUUCGAAGCGUCGAGAAGCUUGCACUCCCGGCCUUUCUGGCCUCAGCUUACUCGGUAGCUCCACUAACAUCGGAAAUUAUUGUAUUCGAACCGGACGUCUACUGUCGUGAUGCUACUGCACAAUGGCUCCAAAUAACCCAACAUGACCUCCCACACCUGGACGCGCGACCAACCCAGAAAGUUUGGGACGAUCCCAUAAUUCGCGACACCGCAGAUCGGCUACGAGCGACAGCCGGGAAUGACAUCUCCGAACAGGCAAGGCUGAGAGGUGUGAGCACGAAAGAAAAUGGGGCAUGGUUGGGAGCGCUGCCGGUUGCCUCCCUUGGCAACCUUCUUACGGACUCCGUGGUAAGAAUCGCCGUUGGUUUGCGUCUGGGUGCACCGGUAAUUACCCCACACCGCUGUGUAUGCGGUGAAUGGGCGGAUGCUCGAGGCUACCAUGGUCUAAGCUGCAAGAAAAGCCGAGGACGAAUCCCCACACACAAAUGCCUGAACGCCAUUGUGAAACGUAGCCUCGCAUCUGCUGGUUUCGAAAGCGAACUGGAACCGCAAGGUAUCUUUCCAACAGACAGUAAGCGACCAGACGGAGUUACCUUGACACCAUGGGAUAGAGGACGAAUGCUGGCAUGGGAUGCUACUUGCGUCAACACAAUGGCCAUAUCGCAUAUUAUUGCGACAUCCGCACGAGCGGGAGCAGCAGCAGCACAGGCCGAACAGGGCAAGAUCGAGAAAUAUCGCGAUAUCGGCCAAGAGUACUGGUUCCGUCCUCUGGGUUUUGAAACGCUCGGGCCGCCCGGACCGGAAGCUGCCCGCACGAUAACGGAAUUUGGACAGCUCAUACAACAAGAAACUGGCGAAAAACGUGCCACGGAAUACCUUCGCCAACGGAUCAGCAUUGAAAUUCAACGAGGAAAUGCGGCAUCGAUCAUGGGGACAGCGCCAUUGGGAGCAAAUUUAGAUCAAAUUUUCUCUGUAAUUAGGCCGCCCCUCUCGAUUGAUGCUUAA